ACAGCCAAGAAACACAACUGUUUAGGCUCCAACAUCAAAAUGGCUCUCUGCAGAACUGGCCUUUUCCUCGCAGUGGCGGUGGCGAUAGUGGCGCUGGUGAUUGGUGCUCCAGCCGAGACGGAACUCCUGGAGCAGUCGGAGCCGAAAGAGACGCUCAAGCCCGCAAAUUCCUAUGGUUUAGGCUAUGGAUACGGACUCUAUGGUGGUUACCCUUAUGGCUAUAGUCACCAUGGUCUGUACGGAUGGGGUUACCCUUACUAUGGUUACGGUUAUGGAUAUGGACACGGCCUGUACUCCUCCUAUGGCUCCUACGGCUAUUACCCCAGCUACUGGUGGUGAAGGCUCAACAUACACUUCAAAACACAAU